AUGUCCUCUCGAGUAACUCUUGGACCUUACUCAGAUCAUCCACCCGGCCCGGUUGUUUUCACUCAAGAGCAGAUAAGAUGUCUUGAGGAGGCCGCAAUCUUUCUGCCCGAGCCUCAGCCGAAUACAUCGACUGAUACCAGUGGGAAGAGAAAAGUUUCAGCUGCAUUUAGUGCCCCCAGGUCGGUCUCGAAUUCAUUGACCUCGUCGUCCUCUUCUGCCUCCGUUACCACCCGUGGUUUCCAGUCUCAUGUCAUCCAAACCUUUGAAAUUCCAAUGGCAGAAGAAAGCGUCGAGGUACUUGAGUAUAUUGGAUUUAUACCCGAUGUUGCCAGACUGAUCUAUGAUCGAUAUUGCAACCGCCCAAGUCCAACCCAAAAUCCUGACGACCUAAUGACGUAUGUCUCCGGGCAUCUCGCCUCUCUUCACCUACGACAGUAUGAUGACAUGGGCCACCAAGAAGCACUCGCUCAUACCCUCGCUUACUGGGCUAAAGAUACUGUUGAAACCAGAUAUGCCGCUCUUCUUGGUCAACAGCAAGUACUCCAAAGCCAGGCAAACCAGCGCAUGGCUCAUAAAAGAAACAUGAGCGGCCGAGGACUGAGUCUAGACAUGAGCCCGGCCGACAUGAACAAGGCCCAUCCCAGCAGCAACCCGCGACAGCAACGAUUGAUAUGA